AUGGACGCACAGAUACUGUUACGAACGUACUGGGGCAAGUGCCUCUGGAUUAGGAAUAAGUCUUUAUCAGGAGGUGCUGAUGCGUCAGGGCAUUAUGCAGUAACAGGUGGUCAUUGGGUAUAUAAGGUUCCCGGAGAUGAAGAUUCUAAAGUAUGGAUAGAAGACAAAUCAUGGGUAGAGGAUUCUCCAGCUAAGAAAGCUACACUUACAGUGACAGGCGUAUCAAGUGUGGCAUCAGGAACUGGUAUCACCAUAAAAGGUUAUGGUAGUAAUACAUAUGUAAAAUUUGUAGAUGGUGAUGCAGGUCCGUCCCCUACUUACUCAGAUUCUGGAGCAGGUAGUGAUCAGUAUUAUACUGUUGGUAAAAAUUAUACUGGUACGUGGAAUCGUAAUGGUAUGACAAUUACGUUUGCUGAUGGUAAUAUGACUAUGACUGCUAAUAGUACAGGUACUUAUGCUAAUGGUUAUGGAAUUAGUGAUGGCUUUGCAACGGUGCCAGCUAAACCAGAAAUUCCAGGUACACCAGGCACACCGGGUACACCAACUACAGUAGUCUAUACAGGAACUACACCAUUGGGAGCUUCUAAUAUUGUGAAUGAACAGAAGGGAAAAAAUGGUGAAACAGCACAUUGGGAUUUAGAUUUGUCAGCGUAUAAUGUAAGUGAUGAGGAAAAAGCGAAUGAAUUGAUUAAGGCCUAUGUGGGUAAAACAUUACAGCAUGGUGGCAAUCUUACAAAUUUUGAAUUCAUAGACUCUGGCUCAUCUAAUACGAUGGAUAAAGAAACAAAACAAAGCUCAUCUACGCCUAUAGAUUUAGCAGUAGUACGUACAGCUGUCAAGGGUGGUGCAACAGUAUCCGAAGCAUUUUCGACAUUAUUGAAUUCCAGAAUGUCAUCAUUCUCACAGCUUAUAAAAAAUGGAGCAGAUGAAGUUACUGGAUUACAAAUAAAUGCUUCAGUCUCUGGAGCAGCAGGUAAUAAUCAAAGAAUGACCACGGCUGAUGGUGAGCUUCGCCAUUAUACUAUCGAUUUUAAAUCGUGGACAGAUGGUAAAACUAAUAUUCCAGCUGAACUAAAUGAAAAAGGUUUCCGUUUUUACUGUGCUACUGAUGCAGAACAGUGGGUAAAUGUUAUGUUUGUAAACGGAUUUGAUGGUAUGGAUAAAGACAAACCUGCUAGUGGUACAGCAACACAGGAUAUAAAGACUGUACUUAUUGAUAUAUCUGGUGUUACAGAUGCAAAAUCUUUGGUUGAAGUCAUAGAUAAAGAUUUGGGUGAUUACUUAAAGAAUGUAUAUAAACAUAACUUUUUGUUGGCAUCAGAUACAGAGGCUGGAACUGUAACUAUAUAUGAUAAGAGAAGGUAUACUGUCCUGGACAAGGGGUAUCUUGGAACUAGAGAAAAGGGUGCUAAAAUCGCUGAUGGUGUAUUGGAUAACGUAGUAAAGGACUAUCGUUAUCUUUAUGCUAAUCGCCUGAUAAUCCAUCAUACUGAUGAAUCCAGUAACAAUAUCAAGAUAGACAUUCCUCAGACUUCCAUGGAUCAGAUAUAUGGUUACAAGAAAGAAAAUUAUGAACCAGAGCAUUUCAAUGUUCUGACCAAGGAGAUGAGAGAACGUCUGUUAGGCUGGGAUUCACCAGGAGAAAAAGGUAUUAUUGACAAAGGUAUUGAGUACCUGACCGAUGCACAGACCCUUAUCGGUUCACAGAUUAAUCACAUGGAAUUUGCUGAUGCGAAUAUCACCACUAUGGCAGAGAACACUACAGCAGCAGAAUCUGUUAUACGUGACAGUGACAUGGCAAAGGAAUACUGUGAAUUUUCUAAGGCAUCUAUCCUUACUCAGACAGCACAGUCUAUGUUGGCACAAUCCAAUCAAAAUGCAGGCCGUGCAGUUGAAUUACUGCAAGGUGUGUGA